AUGACGGGGAGCAAGCGCCACGGCAGUGUCAAGCACUCAGAUGCGGCAUUAAAACAACAGUUAGAUAGUAUUGCACAGUCGACCCGUAUUCCUGUGUCGCUCCAGCAGUCGACGCCCGAGGAUACGCUCGGGAUGCGUCCACCAAAAACGCUUUCUAAUAUUCGCGACAAAAAACUGCGCUCCGAACUUUCGAAACAGUACAUGGCUAAGAAACGCGCAGUAAUGCACAGCCAACUUGCUGAUGAAUACUUACAUGGCGCUGCUCCCGGUGAAGAUGCAGGUAUGCUAGAAGCUGAUGACGAAAUGGAACGUACGGCGCGCGUGACCCAAGCCCAGAUCCAGGAAGAGAUUGGUAUUGAGACUGCACGCAAAGGAUUUGAGCUGCAGCUUGGUGGUCAGAAAGGCAUCCCAAGUCUUGGCCCGUACCGGCUCGACUACACAAGAAACGGCCGACAUCUCUUACUCGGCGGGCGCAAAGGUCAUUUGGCCGCAUUUGACUGGCAGACAGGAAAGCUUUCGUGCGAGAUCCAAGUGCGGGAAACGGUGCGCGAUGUUUGUUGGCUACACAACCAAACCUUUUUUGCGGCUGCGCAAAAAAAAUAUACCUAUAUUUACGACCAAAACGGUAUUGAGAUUCACAAGCUCAAGGACCAUAUCGAAGUCGAGCGCAUGCAAUUCUUACCCUAUCACUUCCUUCUUGCAACUGUGGGAAAAGCAGGAUAUCUCAAAUAUCAGGACACAUCAACAGGGCAGAUUGUCGCAUCGCACCGCUCUGGUCUGGGCGCUUGCCAGACCAUGUCGCAAAACCCACUCACAGCCGUCAUUCAACUGGGUCAUGCCAAUGGCACCGUUGGCCUGUGGACACCCAACAUGCCUACUGCGGCGCUGCAACUGCUUGCUCACCGUGGCCCCGUAACGGGUAUCUCUGUAGAUACUCGCGGCGGUGGACGCGAGAUGGCAACCUCGGGUCUGGAUGGCCACGUAAAGAUAUGGGACAUGCGCAUGCUCGGUCAUGGGCCCCGACGUGAAUGGGUGACGCGGCGGACGCCCGCAGAUGUCGCAUACUCGCAGCGCGGCUUACUUGCGAUUGCAUGGGGAACGCAUGCGAGCUUGUAUGAUACUCACGCUAAGCUCGGCAACGCGCCGCCUGGCCCUUACCUCACGCACAAUUUUCCCCAGCAAAUGCCUCUUCAAGUCAAGUUCUGCCCGUACGAAGACGUGCUUGGCGUGGGCCGCGCAGACGGCUUUUCCAGCUUGAUUAUUCCUGGUGCCGGAGAACCGACAUUUGACACUAGCGAAGCCGAUCCUUACGAAAACAAAGUACGCCGUCGCGAGCGCGAAGUGCACGACCUUUUGGACAAGAUUCAGCCGGAUAUGAUUACCAUUGACCCUGACUUGAUGGGUCAGCUGAAUACGCGUGCGUCGCGCGCGGACAAACCCGUUGAGGCCUCGCGUGCUCCUGGCGCCAAGCGCGCCGCUGACGGAACGCCCUAUGCCAGACUUACGCGGAUGCAGCGUUUAGAUUUGGAUGACAGCAUGGAGACAGAGGCAGAUGUGGAUUUGGAUGCACUUGCGCACGAAACGUCUCGCGCGCAACGUGCGGGCAAAGGAGAGAGAGAGAGAAAAGCGCGUGGGCGCAAUAGCUCCGUGAAGCGAUACUUGCGCAAGAAGCGGCAAAAUGUUCUUGACGCCAACACCAUUGCACUUCGCGAGAAAUACCAAAAAGAAAAGGAGCAGAAGCGCCGCGCUUUGCAGCGCCACAGCAAAGAAGCGCUGCGCGAGCCGUCGGCGCUUGAUGUGUUUGCGAAUGUAAAGGGUCCGCGCAAGUAG